AUGCCCAGCACCAGGUCGCGGAGCCAGGCCGCCAUCGCCUUCCCCGUCCGCAAGAGCGCCCGCUCCCCGGCGCGGCUCCCGGCCAAGAGCCCCGGCGCCGACCCCCGCGCCCUGCGGCUGGCCCCCGUGCCGAGGGGCCCGGCCCCCGGCGCGCUCUCCCCGCGGACUGAGACCUUGCCCCUGAGCCCCCGGAAACGCCUGGGCGACGACAACCUGUGCAACAUCCCGCAGGCGCUGCCCUGCUCCCCCUCCAAGCAGAGCAGGAAGGAGAACAAGGGGCGACGCUUGCUGUUCGAGGAGCAGCCGGCCCCCGGCUCCCCGGAGAAGCGGAGCGACCCGGGCCUCUCCCCGCGGCGCCAGGGGCAGGAGACCCCCCGGAGCGCGGACCUCGGCCGGGAGCCCGCCUGCACCCGGCUCUUCCGGCAGGAAGGCUCUUGCUACCAGCAGGCGAAGCGCGUGCUGCACACCGCCGUCCCGGAUUGCCUCCACGCCAGGGAGAGGGAGACGAGUGUCAUCAAGCGAUUUCUGAAAGAGCACGUCUGCGGGGAGAAACCCGGCAGCCUUUACAUCUCGGGAGCCCCCGGAACGGGGAAAACCGCCUGUCUGAGCAGGGUCCUGCAAGACUGCAAGGGCGAGCUCGCGAGGAGCAGAACCGUCGUGCUGAACUGCAUGUCCCUCAGCAGCUCGCAGGCCGUCUUCCCAGCCAUCGCGGAGCAGCUGGGCCUGCAGGCAGCGGCCAGGGCGGCCGGGAGGGAGAUCGUGAGGAAGCUGGAGAAGCAGCUGACAGCAAAGGGGCCCAUGGUCCUGCUGGUGCUGGAUGAGAUGGACCAGCUGGACAGCAAAGGGCAGGACGUGCUCUACACCGUGUUCGAGUGGCCCUGGCUGCCCGGCUCCAGGCUUGUCCUCAUCGGGACAGCCAACGCCCUGGACCUCACGGAGCGCAGCCUGGCCCGGCUGCAGGCCCGGCCGGGCUGCCGGCCCCAGCUGCUGACCUUCCCGCCGUACACCAAGGAGCAGCUCGCCUCCAUCCUGCAGGAGCGCCUGAAGCAGGUGGCUGGCGACCCGGUCCUGGACAGCUCAGCCGUGCAGUUCUGCGCCCGCAAGGUCUCCGCCGUCUCCGGAGACGCCCGCAAGGCCCUGGACAUCUGCAGGCGAGCCGUCGAGAUGGUGGAGCGGGACGUGAGGAGCCAGACCGUCCUCAAGCCGCUGCCCGGCUGCUCCCCGGUGCCCCGGCGCGCGGGGCUGCUGCACGUCUCGCGGGUGAUCUCGGAGGUGUACGGCGACCGGAUGGCCGCGGGCGCCGGCGGGGCCAGGGACUCCUUCCCGCUGCAGCAGAAGAUCCUGGUGUGCUCCCUGCUGCUGCUCUCCCGGCACCUCAAGGCCAAGGAGGUGACGCUGGGCAAGCUCCACGACGCCUACAGCAAGGUGUGCCGGCGGCAGCAGCUCGCGGCCGCCGACCAGUCCGAGUGCCUGGCCCUGGCCGCCCUCCUGGAGGCCCGCGGCGUCCUCCGGCUGAAGCGCGCCAAGGAAGCCCGGCUGGCCAAGGUUUCCCUGGAGCUGGAGGAGGCGGAGGUGGAGCACGCGCUGCAGGACGCCGCCCUCGUGGGAAACAUCCUGGCGCAGGGGCUGCCGUAGCCCCCGCCGCUGCCGCCGCCGCCGGCAGACGUGCGGGACUCGGCCGUGGCUGCGCCGCCCUGCUCGCCCUGUUUUUAAUUGCAUGUUGGUUUCCAGUCUCACCGGGGUCCUGUAGCCGUCGCCGGGCGCCGCGGCCCUGGCGGUAGCCGGUAGCCCUGUCCGGCACCGCCGCCCCGGCUCCCUCCCCGUGCCGUAGCCGGGAUCUUUGCCGACCUUCUGCUGUCCCUUCCCCGCGGCAGGCACGUGUGCGGGGCCCUCGCGCCCCCUCGUUUGUAUAUUUAUAUAUUUUUAUUGUUUUUUUUUUUCUUGCACGGCCGCAGAUCAAAGCGGGGAGGCCGGCGAGGCCGCGCGGGAGCGGAAG